AUGACAGAACCUAAAAAAGAAGCUAUUGAGGCAAUGUCAGAAUGUGGUCUAAGACCAAUGGAGUCUUAUAGGUAUAUGUCAACAGAAACUGGCGGAGACGACUGUGUUGGUCAUACGAUGAUUGAUCAUCUAAACUACUGCUACAAGUUAAAAAUGAAGCAAGUUGAUGGCAAGGAUUCACAAACACUAGUGAACAAACUGUAUGACAUACAAUCAAUAGAUCCCGAGUUCUUUUUCAGAGUAAGACUCAAUGCUGAAGGAAAAGUUGAGUGCCUAUUUUGGAGGGAUUCUAUGAUGAGAGAAGAUUACAAAAUAUAUGGAGAUGUUCUAGUUUUUGAUACUACAUUUAGAACCAAUAAGUACAAUCUCAUAUGUGCUCCAUUUGUUGGUAUAAAUAACCAUUGGAAAAACACAAUAUACUAUAACUUAAUUUUGAAAGGGCAUAAGAUAGCAAAGGCCAGAAAAUUUAUCGAGGAGAAGUUUAAAACGGAUAAUAAAGCAGUUGAUGAAAUCAUAAAAAAGGAAGAAGAAAGGAAGGCAAAAGAAGAAGUUGCAAAGAUAGCAGAACAAGAAAAGGCAAAAGCUGAAGCACAACGACAAACACAAGACGAAGAAUCAACUAAUUCUGAAAUAACAAUUGUGCUUGAUCCUGAUCGUGCUAAUACUAAAGGAAAGAUUUUGACAAUAUAG